UCUGGCAUGCAACUUUUCUUCUAUUCUUUGGCAAAGAGGGUCAGGAUUCGAUUCGCGAUUCAUGUGAUUGUGAUCCGAGGGAAUUUCAAAAUAAAUAUGGCUGUAUCCAGUGUAUGAUCACUCAUGAUCACUGUAAGACUGUAUCCUAACUCAGCAUUCUAGAUGUGAUACAUCAGAUGGCAAUGAAAGUGUUUGAACAUUGUCAAGAAUGACUGACGUUAUAGAAGAUUUGGAGAUACUGCUUGCUAGAGCUAUAAAUUGCCUUGGCUGGAUCCUCAAUGAAAUACAUCAGCGGAUACUCCAAAAUCAACAUCGACCUUUAAACCGAAGGACUUUGGUCAGAUGGAUAUCUGUCUUUAUGCCAAAGCCAAGGGAUCCAAGACUGAAAUUACUGUCUGAUCUGCAACCUGACCGGCUGGACAGAUGGGCAAGCUGUGGUAGUCUGCUUUCAGUGGAAUCAUUUGUCAGUUUAAAUGAGGUCAUUCAAGAAAAUCUGGGCAACAAUUUUGUUAGAUUCAGGAGAGGUCAAGACAAUGAAGAUUCUGACAGUUUUGAGGAGCCACAGUUUGUACGCUACAGCCAAGAUCGCCUGACGUCCACACCAAACAUGAAUGCAUCAUCAUGCUCGAGUCAGAUGACCAACGAUUUGACUGCCAACUUGAAACUAGCUGAAAUGGAAGACGAGCUUGCAGUUCUUCGUAAACAAAUAGCAAUGUUGGUGAUGGCUCAAGAGUUAACACCUGUAAGCCAGACGCAAACAGAUGAAGCUAGACCAGCAGUGAGUUACACUGAACAAGCUGUGGGCACUGAGCUGCCUCACUCCACUGACACAUCACUGGAAGACUCGGGCUGUGAGAGUGAGAAUCUACCCAAGUCAGCUUGGCAGCGCAGCACUACCAACAUUGUGGCGUACCACCCAGGGAAUCAAAGUUACAAUGCCAACACCCAGGCCAGCAGAGAUGAUUUGGCCGGCUGCUUUUCUCAUUGCAGUGUGGCGCCACCACCUCCCCCACCACCCUUGCCACCAAAGCCUUCAAAUAUUUCAUCGCUUACAUCUGUCAAGUCACAGAGUAAGACUACAGUCAAUACCUGCCAUCAGUUCAAAGGUGACAGCCAAAGUGUACACAGACCUAACGUAAUGGCCCAUGUGUUAAAGGAUUUAAGUAAUGUCAAGCUGAAAGCUGUACAGAGGUCACCAGGGGGUACCCCCAUGAGAAGGAAACCUCUCUCUGUUCCUUCUGAUCCUGCUUCAAUCAUUGCUCAAGCACUGAAGAAGAAAUUUGCCAGUCACAAAGGCUACAGCUCUGACUCUGAUCUGGAAAAUGAUAGCCAUUCUUUUAGACAAGAUCAGAACAGUUUGACAGGAGAGUCCAAGAGACGGUUGAGUAUUGACAACACAUCAGACGGCUGGAGCCCUGCAACAUCGCCACUAAAACUGUACAGAUAACAAAGAAUGAUACAAAGUCAUUGAAGGAGAAACUGUAACGCUGGCUAGGCUUCAUAUGAAAUUGAUUGGAUUUCGUCCCGCUGUCCAAAAAAGAUUGAUUUGUGUGAAUCAAUUGACUUUACUCUGCAUGUUUUCUUAGAUUCAUUUGUUGUAAGAGGAUUAUUUUGCCUCACAUUGCAUAUGUCUGUGCCUUGGAGACUCCAGCAUAAUUGAUCAAAGCUGUAUUUCACAAUAGAAAUAAUUCUUGUUGACUAAAACAACUUGUUUGAAGAUCUCAGCCCUAGUUUGUUGAGUAAACAUCAUACUUGUUUAAUUAGAGCCCUUGUUUUUUUUUUUUUUUAAAUUUUGAUUUGUCUACAUUGUAUUUUGUGAUUUAUUUUUUUUUAAAGAGGUUCUGGUUUGAUAUAACUAUUGAAAUUAAUUAAUUACCUUCCCUUGUUUCUGGAGGUUUCAGUUAUGUUUCCUUAACCAAAUAUAAAAGUUCUUUUCUUUUCUAGAGGUUUGCACAUCUUUAUGAAAUGUGAUUUUAUAGUUAAUGAUGAUCUGUUUUAAAGAAUACUCAAGAGGCUGAGUAUUAUUUGAUUAACUUUGUUUUGACAUUCUUAGCAUAAACUAUUUUAACUGCAAAGUGUCAAGAAUAGUACAUUUCUUAUUAUACAAGUAAUAAAGUGUACUAGAUCAAUCAGUGAUUGUCACAGCUUAAAAAUGUGUUACCUGUUCUGCAUAACCAAUGUAGCCUUACUUAAUUCAAAAACCUAGCCAUUCACCCAUUCAUGUGGUCAAACUCUUCUGUCAUCUAAAAAAUAUUCUGAAUUUCUAUUCCAUGGUUUCCCAUUACUAUACCUGAUGACAUUUAGGGGCGGGGGGGGGGGGGGGGGGGGGGGGAGAGUUGUGAAAAGCUAUACAACAUUUUUUUUAAAAAACUUCUUUAAUCAUUCAAUAAUCAUUCCAUUUGACAUCAGUAGCAUCCAGUCAGAUUGUUAUUUAAAAAUUUUAGGUCAUCGAGUGUACAUCUACUUGCAUUGUUUGAUCCAUGUUAGGAGAAAAGAGUCUAGAAUGUAGGAUGUCAUGAAAUGGUGCUCACAUUUUUAAGUCCUGAACGAGUCCACAUUGUCUGCCAGCCUGCACUGCCAGACACAAAGUCAACUGCUGUUGAUUCCUAACAUGUCAGGACAGUAGACACACACUCUAGAGUUAUACAAGCACCGACAGUUUUCAUCUCUUGUCAUUGCUGACAACAUUUUUCAUGUUACUCUCAGCAUUUAUUUCUUUGUUUUUGUUGUCCACAGAGAAAUAAGCUCUGAUAAGACUAAAUGAAUUGUACAUUACCAGUAGGACCCAAUAAGCAUUAUGCAAAUAAAAACUCUUGAUUCGCUAAUUAA